CUCUCCUUUUAUAUCAUUGUAGGAAUUUUACUUUUUAUUCAUGCUGGAUGACACGGAAAAUUCCUCAGCUUAACCAGAGUGAGGUCGAUAAAUACGUCGCCACCAUUUUGGACCUGUCUCAAAGUCUUCUCUCAGAUACAUAUAUCCCGGGAGUCCUCUUAUUAUUUCCUUUGCGAAUGGCCGGAGCCCAUGUUCUUGAGAGCCGUGCACAGGAGAGAGUAUUGGGAACUAUUCGCCAGAUACGGCAAAAAGGAUUCAUCGUUUCAGAUAGGAUUGAAGUCGAUUUACAAGAUUUUUGGCACUACAAAUUGGGGAUAAUUGGCGAAAAGCAAUGAAAUGCGAGUAUGAGUUACCUCCAGCAUGAGAGGGAA